AUGGCUUCUCCAUUCCGCAUUUCACAUCUCCUUCCCCGGCCCACCUCUUUCACGAGUACCUCACGACAGCUACAAAGCAUUCGGUUGAAGAGAUGGGCAGCUUCCCUCCAUGGCAGCAGGGACCGCAAUGGGAAUGCUGGCAAGGCUCGAUAUCUGGGCAAACAGGUCCGAACAACGGCGACCGCGACGACGACGCCAAAUGUGCACGUCGAACCUCUCCCCGCAUACUCUCCUCCGACGCAAGGUCUCCUAUCCCACCUCCCACGCACGUGGGUCCCUUACGCCGAACUCAUACGACUUGACAAGCCCGCAGGUACAUACUAUCUCUUCCUGCCAUGUCUGUUCAGCACUUUGCUCGCCGCGCCGCUGACCUCGCCGAUUGCUUCCCCCUCCACGGUCCUGGGCACCUCCGCUCUCUUCGCUGCCGGCGCCCUUGUCAUGCGAGGAGCAGGCUGUACCAUCAACGAUCUUUGGGACAGAAAUCUCGAUCCUCACGUCGCCAGAACUCGAUUGAGACCGAUAGCAAGAGGAGCAGUGACUGUCACGCAGGCCAUCCCGUACUUGGGAGUACAGCUUUUGAGCGGGCUCGCGAUACUGCUACAAUUCCCAUUGGAAUGCUUGUUUUACGGCGUUCCAAGUCUCAUAUUUGUUGGAAUAUAUCCGCUUGCAAAAAGAGUCACGAACUAUCCCCAAGCCGUUCUUGGCCUAACGUUCUCCUGGGGAGCAAUUAUGGGCUUUCCUGCACUUGGGAUCAACUUGCUGGAGAACACGCCUGCGCUUGUGAGUGUCGCUUGCUUGUACGGUAGCUGUGUGGCCUGGACGAUUGUCUACGACAUGAUCUAUGCAUAUCAGGAUAUCAAAGAUGAUGCGAAGGCGGGCAUCAAGAGUAUCGCUUUGGCGCAGGAGAAGAAUGCUAAGGCCUUCCUGAGUGCUGUCAGUGCAGUCCAAGUUGGACUAUUGGCUGGUGCGGGCGUUGCGAUCGGAGCUGGACCCGUCUACCUCGGCGGUGUUUGUGGAGGUGCGGCUGCCACGUUGGGUUACAUGAUCUGGAAGGUCAAUUUGAAGAGCGUGGCGGACUGCUGGGCAUGGUUCAAAAAAGGAGCCUGGUUUACCGGAGGCGCGAUAAGCCUGGGCCUUGGAGCCGAGUAUGCAAUGUGGUAUGCCGGUCUGUAUGGAGAAGGAAGCACAGAAGAGGAGGGUCCAAUCGCGGCUGAUAUUAGAUGA